AUGCGAGGCGGAGAAAGAGAGGGAGGAAGGGAGAAGGCAAGGAGUGAGGCCGAGCAGAAGAGAGAGGAGGAUGAGGCAGCAAGAUGCGAGGCGAGAAGAGAAGGGGAGGAAGCGGAGAAGGCAAGAGGUGAGGCUGAGCAGAAGAGAGAGGAGGCUGAGGCAGCGAAAUGCGAGGCGGAGAAAGAGAGGGAGGAAGCGGAGAAGGCAAGGAGUGAGGCUGAGCAGAAGAGAGAGGAGGCUGAGGCAGCGAAAUGCGAGGCGGAGAAAGAGAGGGAGGAAGCGGAGAAGGCAAGGAGUGAGGCUGAGCAGAAGAGAGAGGAGUCUGAGGCAGCAAAAUGCGAAGCGGAGAAAGAGAGGGAGGAAGCGGAGAAGGCAAGGAGUGAGGCUGAGCAGAAGAGAGAGGAGGCUGAGGCAGCGAAAUGCGAGUUGGAGAAAGAGAGGGAGGAAGCGGAGAAGGCAAGGAGUGAGGCUGAGCAGAAGAGAGAGGAGGCUGAGGCAGCGAAAUGCGAGGCGGAGAAAGAGAGGGAGGAAGCGGAGAAGGCAAGGAGUGAGGCUGAGCAGAAGAGAGAGGAGGCUGAGGCAGCGAAAUGCGAGGCGGAGAAAGAGAGGGAGGAAGCGGAGAAGGCAAGGAGUGAGGCUGAGCAGAAGAGAGAGGAGGCUGAGGCAGCGAAAUGCGAGGCGGAGAAAGAGAGGGAGGAAGCGGAGAAGGCAAGGAGUGAGGCUGAGCAGAAGAGAGAGGAGGCUGAGGCAGCGAAAUGCGAAGCGGAGAAAGAGAGGGAGGAAGCGGAGAAGGCAAGGAGUGAGGCUGAGCAGAAGAGAGAGGAGGCUGAGGCAGCGAAAUGCGAGGCGGAGAAAGAGAGGGAGGAAGCGGAGAAGGCAAGGAGUGAGGCUGAGCAGAAGAGAGAGGAGGCUGAGGCAGCGAAAUGCGAGGCGGAGAAAGAGAGGGAGGAAGCGGAGAAGGCAAGGAGUGAGGCUGAGCAGAAGAGAGAGGAGGCUGAGGCAGCGAAAUGCGAGGCGGAGAAAGAGAGGGAGGAAGCGGAGAAGGCAAGGAGUGAGGCUGAGCAGAAGAGAGAGGAGGCUGAGGCAGCGAAAUGCGAGGCGGAGAAAGAGAGGAGAAGGAGAAGGCAAGGAGUGAGGCUGAGCAGAAGAGAGAGGAGGCUGAGGCAGCGAAAUGCGAGGCGGAGAAAGAGAGGGAGGAAGCGGAGAAGGCAAGGAGUGAGGCUGAACAGAAUGAGGGAGGAGGCUGAGGCAGCGAAAUGCGAGGCGGAGAAAGAGAGGGAGGAAGCGGAGAAGGCAAGGAGUGAGGCUGAGCAGAAGAGAGAGGAGGCUGAGGCAGCGAAAUGCGAGGCGGAGAAAGAGAGGGAGGAAGCGGAGAAGGCAAGGAGUGAGGCUGAGCAGAAGAGAGAGGAGGCUGAGGCAGCGAAAUGCGAGGCGGAGAAAGAGAGGGAGGAAGCGGAGAAGGCAAGGAGUGAGGCUGAGCAGAAGAGAGAGGAGGCUGAGGCAGCGAAAUGCGAGGCGGAGAAAGAGAGGGAGGAAGCGGAGAAGGCAAGGAGUGAGGCUGAGCAGAAGAGAGAGGAGGCUGAGGCAGCGAAAUGCGAGGCGGAGAAAGAGAGGGAGGAAGCGGAGAAGGCAAGGAGUGAGGCUGAGCAGAAGAGAGAGGAGGCUGAGGCAGCGAAAUGCGAGGCGGAGAAAGAGAGGGAGGAAGCGGAGAAGGCAAGGAGUGAGGCUGAGCAGAAGAGAGAGGAGGCUGAGGCAGCGAAAUGCGAGGCGGAGAAAGAGAGGGAGGAAGCGGAGAAGGCAAGGAGUGAGGCUGAGCAGAAGAGAGAGGAGGCUGAGGCAGCGAAAUGCGAGGCGGAGAAAGAGAGGGAGGAAGCGGAGAAGGCAAGGAGUGAGGCUGAGCAGAAGAGAGAGGAGGCUGAGGCAGCGAAAUGCGAGGCGGAGAAAGAGAGGGAGGAAGCGGAGAAGGCAAGGAGUGAGGCUGAGCAGAAGAGAGAGGAGGCUGAGGCAGCGAAAUGCGAGGCGGAGAAAGAGAGGGAGGAAGCGGAGAAGGCAAGGAGUGAGGCUGAGCAGAAGAGAGAGGAGGCUGAGGCAGCGAAAUGCGAGGCGGAGAAAGAGAGGGAGGAAGCGGAGAAGGCAAGGAGUGAGGCUGAGCAGAAGAGAGAGGAGGCUGAGGCAGCGAAAUGCGAGGCGGAGAAAGAGAGGGAGGAAGCGGAGAAGGCAAGGAGUGAGGCUGAGCAGAAGAGAGAGGAGGCUGAGGCAGCGAAAUGCGAGGCGGAGAAAGAGAGGGAGGAAGCGGAGAAGGCAAGGAGCGAGGCUGAGCAGAAGAGGGAAGAGGCUGAGGCAGCGAAAUGCGAGGCGGAGAAAGAGAGGGAGGAAGCGGAGAAGGCAAGGAGUGAGGCUGAGCAGAAGAGAGAGGAGGCUGAGGCAGCGAAAUGCGAGGCGGAGAAAGAGAGGGAGGAAGCGGAGAAGGCAAGGAGCGAGGCUGAGCAGAAGAGGGAAGAGGCUGAGGCAGCGAAAUGCGGGGCAGAGAAAGAGAGGGAGGAAGCGGAGAAGGCAAGGAGUGAGGCUGAGCAGAAGAGAGAGGAGGCUGAGGCAGCGAAAUGCGAGGCGGAGAAAGAGAGGGAGGAAGCGGAGAAGGCAAGGAGUGAGGCUGAGCAGAAGAGAGAGGAGGCUGAGGCAGCGAAAUGCGAGGCGGAGAAAGAGAGGGAGGAAGCGGAGAAGGCAAGGAGUGAGGCUGAGCAGAAGAGAGAGGAGGCUGAGGCAGCGAAAUGCGAGGCGGAGAAAGAGAGGGAGGAAGCGGAGAAGGCAAGGAGCGAGGCUGAGCAGAAGAGGGAAGAGGCUGAGGCAGCGAAAUGCGGGGCAGAGAAAGAGAGGGAGGAAGCGGAGAAGGCAAGGAGUGAGGCUGAGCAGAAGAGAGAGGAGGCUGAGGCAGCGAAACGCGUGGCGGAGAAAGAGAGGGAGGAAGCGGAGAAGGCAAGGAGUGAGGCUGAGCAGAAGAGAGAGGAGGCUGAGGCAGCGAAAUGCGAGGCGGAGAAAGAGAGGGAGGAAGCGGAGAAGGCAAGGAGUGAGGCUGAGCAGAAGAGAGAGGAGGCUGAGGCAGCGAAACGCGUGGCGGAGAAAGAGAGGGAGGAAGCGGAGAAGGCAAGGAGUGAGGCUGAGCAGAAGAGAGAGGAGGCUGAGGCAGCGAAAUGCGAGGCGGAGAAAGAGAGGGAGGAAGCGGAGAAGGCAAGGAGUGAGGCUGAGCAGAAGAGAGAGGAGGCUGAGGCAGCGAAAUGCGAGGCGGAGAAAGAGAGGGAGGAAGCGGAGAAGGCAAGGAGUGAGGCUGAGCAGAAGAGAGAGGAGGCUGAGGCAGCGAAAUGCGAGGCGGAGAAAGAGAGGGAGGAAGCGGAGAAGGCAAGGAGUGAGGCUGAGCAGAAGAGAGAGGAGGCUGAGGCAGCGAAAUGCGAGGCGGAGAAAGAGAGGGAGGAAGCGGAGAAGGCAAGGAGUGAGGCUGAGCAGAAGAGAGAGGAGGCUGAGGCAGCGAAAUGCGAGGCGGAGAAAGAGAGGGAGGAAGCGGAGAAGGCAAGGAGUGAGGCUGAGCAGAAGAGAGAGGAGGCUGAGGCAGCGAAAUGCGAGGCGGAGAAAGAGAGGGAGGAAGCGGAGAAGGCAAGGAGUGAGGCUGAGCAGAAGAGGGAGGAGGCAGAGGCAACGAAAUGCGAGGCGGAGAAAGAGAGGGAGGAAGCGGAGAAGGCAAGGAGUGAGGCUGAGCAGAAGAGAGAGGAGGCUGAGGCAGCGAAAUGCGAGGCGGAGAAAGAGAGGGAGGAAGCGGAGAAGGCAAGGAGUGAGGCUGAGCAGAAGAGAGAGGAGGCUGAGGCAGAAAAAUGGGAGGCGGAGAAAGAGAGGGAGGAAGCGGAGAAGGCAAGGAGUGAGGCUGAGCAGAAGAGAGAGGAGGCUGAGGCAGCGAAAUGCGAGGCGGAGAAAGAGAGGGAGGAAGCGGAGAAGGCAAGGAGUGAGGCUGAGCAGAAGAGAGAGGAGGCUGAGGCAGCGAAAUGCGAGGCGGAGAAAGAGAGGGAGGAAGCGGAGAAGGCAAGGAGUGAGGCUGAGCAGAAGAGAGAGGAGGCUGAGGCAGCAGCAUUGAAUGCUGAUAGAGAGUGGGAAGAGAACGAGAGGAAAAGGAUACAGGCUGAGUCAAGUUUGACUGAUGCACGGAGGAGGUUUAGUGAGGUUUCAGAUGCUGUUGACAAAGCUAAGAGGGAUGCUGACGAGGCAAGACGUGAUGCUGAUGUGGCAAAACGUGAGGCCGAUGUGGCAAGGCGUGAGGGUGAUGCGGCAAGACGUGACGCUGAUGCGGCUAGACGUGUUGCUGAUGAAUGCAAGCUGGCUGCUGAGCUGGCCAAACAAGUCGCUGACUUGGCAAGGCAAGAUUCUGAAGUGGCAAGGCGUGCAGCCGAGCAGGCAGAGGAGGAAAGACGAAGGGAGGAAGCCGGGAAGAAUGGGGAUAGAGAAGGAUGGGUGAAGGAAUUGGAACGGCUGAGGCUUGAAUUGGAGAUGGCUAGGAGGGACAGGGAGAUUGCAAGGAAAGAGCUUGAAAGAGUGAGAAGGGAUGGGGAGAGUGUGAGGGAGGAGCUUCAGAAGGUGGGAAGGGAUGGGGAGAUUGUGAAGGAGGAGCUAGAGAGAGUGAGAGGGGAGUUGGGGAGAGUGAGAAAGGAGCUGGAACGGGUGACAGAGGCUAAGAGGGAGAGUGUGCGGAAUCUGAGCGAGUCAUUGGUGGCUUCUGAGGAGCAGAGGAAGAAGCUGGUGGAGCUGCUUCGAAUGGCCGAGAGCUUUGAGGGAUUCUCUAUGUCACUCUGGUAA